AUGGGCCAUAGUGGCCAGAGAUGCCCCUCCAACCCUCCCCCCCCAGAGCCUGCUGCUAGCACUUCGGGAGAGCGACCCCCGAUAAGUCCAGAUAACACCAUCUUCAAUGACGUCACUCCAGAAUCUAUUGAUCAGUUAGCAGCCGAAUAUGGACUAUGCAAGCGAUUUUCUCAGGUCCGGGGUAUUGGAGCCGAUGCCAAGGAUGAUGAUUUGUCUCCGGCCCGAAUGAUCACUGUCGUCGACGUCACCGGCCUUUAUGAAUUUCCAAUUGUAUGGUGCAAAUGCAGUGUGCGACAUGCCCCUCACGAGCAACUACUUCGUAUGAGGCUUUAUCCAGCUUCCCAGGACCGCCCGCAGACAGUCUUCACCUUUGAUGUACUUGACCACUUCCUCCUUGCAAAUAUGGAAACAAAGGUACCUGCAAACGCCUACUUUCGGAUGCUCAUGCGCAUCACCGACGAGGCAUAUCCCGACCUUGUGCCGGAUCGCUAUCGGGAGCUGGCCCGAUGCGCUCGGCAAUGGCUUCGAUUGACGUCGCGUAAGCGACAUGGUCACGGUUACGGAGAAGAUGAAGAUGCUCCAGGGUCGUUAGCAACCCCUUGUGUUGCAUGCCCGCGGCCAGGCAUUAAUGCUCCGGCAAAGCCUGAUAGCUCGGUACCGUCAUGGCUCAGUUAUCUCCAUCUGGUGGUGGAUGGUAAUUUCAAACAGCAGAACUUUCGAAUGAGAAAACCCGAGAAUGAUGUGCCGCUCACCGAUGGCCUACAGUAUACCGUCAAGAAAUCAGAAUAUGAAGCACAUCUGGCUACUGUAGACGAGGUUUCUCAGCGUUCCACCUGCAAUGAUCAUCGGGCGGUCUCUCAGGCUAAUAGCCGGCGGGCACAUUUGCUGUAUACCGGGUUGGCGGGUGUCGCUUGUGCGAGGCACGGCUUCUGGAUAUCAAACGCAAUAGUUGACCUCCUGCUUGGAGAGCGACAAAUUAGCAUUGAUGCCAUCACAACUCGAGCCAUCUGGCUGGCAGCUAAUCUUGCCGGUGUCGUCCUUUUCUAUGACAUCAUUUGCCAGUACUUUGUCAAGUUCUUUGACCGCGUCAAAAAUAGCCCCUUGUUAUCGCUGCCCGACGGACCCGUUGUCAUCCCUGCAAUCGGGCUUUUUCAUGUCCAUGGGCAUCAAGAUCAGUGCGUCGCAUAUUUUUCCCCUGACUUCAUUAGAGGGGUCGGCAAAGUCGCCGGCGAGAUGAUUGAGUCCAUGUGGCCGCCUUUAAACAACAUCGCCGACAGUGCAAGGCACAUGGCGGAGUCUGGGCGGCGGGAUCUCAUCAAUGGCCAUAUGGAUUGGGAAAACAUGAGGAAAAUGUAUAACUCAGUGAAGUACUGCUGCACCCGAUUCUUGGAUGUCUUAGACCUCCUCGAGCGAGCAACAAAACAAUACGUAACCAUCACGAAUAAGUGUGCACCGGAGGAGGUCGAAAGAUGGACACAGAUGCUUGAUAAAGCUUAUGAAGAUCGCACCCACGAUAUCAAAGCAAACGAAGUCUUCAAUGUUAAGAUCAGCAAAUUGCCCUCUCGCGCCGAGAAUGAAGGCCAGCUCGCAAACUCCAGCAAGGUCAAGCAGCGUCGUGGGGCAAACAAAGCAGUUGUUUGGGUCAGCAAAGGCAUUGAUAUCUUGCAGUUGCAAAUCAAAGCAACUGUGCUAAAGCGACGGAUUCGCGACAAAGAGAGAGGAACCGAUGCAAAAACACUGGCGGCCGAUCGCAAACAGCUGCGGAAGCUCAUACCGGCAUUCCUUGCUGAGUCUGCUCGUUUCUUGGGAGCGCUAGCUGAUGAGGUCGCCGAUGAAUCGUCCCACGGCGAUGCUGGGGACGAUGACUGGGAUGACAUUGCCGACAUGCCAACGCCUGAGGAUAUCUCUAUUAAGCUGCCCUCUGCAUUUGGAAGGCGAGCCUGCUUUGACAACGGCCUAGAGUACCUAGUGGAUAUAGAAGCUGAACUUAGGCGUGGCCAGGCCCACGACGCCUUGGAGAAAACUCGGUCUUAUAUCGGCAAGAAGUCCGUUCUUUAUCGGACCGACAUACGUCAAGCCAAAGGAAGCCAGAAACUAGGGAAGGCAGCGCAGGAUGUUGUUGACAUCCAGAAUAGCAAAAUUGCCACCCAACGCGAAACCUACAACAAUGCGCGGAAGGCUAUGAUCGCUCUUGCUGAGUCUCCAGAUGACAUUGCCAUGUAUAAAGAGCUCACCUUCUCCGACUUGGAGGCACGGACCUCGACGCUUAAUCCAGCUGAACGUGGACUGCGCGAUGAAGGGCUCCCAUGGAUAUGGACGAUGGAUAUCCAAGAGGCGCUGGCAGGAAAGAGCGGCGAUGAGGUUCUGAAUGAAUUUUAUCGACUUCACUGGAUGAAGGCAAAAUGUAGGAAAGAUCGCGCAGAAGAAGAGAUUGUCAUCCUCCGCCACGAGAUGGAGCGUAUUCCCCUCAGCUUUGCUCAUGAAGCUAAGGAAUGGGACCGACGUGCAGCUAAGGCUGGCGAUAACCGGCCUGGACAUGUUGCCCAUGCGAGAAGGCAACGCAAGCACUGGGAGAGAUUGGCGCAAAUGGCUAACUCCAGUUUUGCAAGACUCCUCGCAAAGCAUCCCCCUCCUUCCUAUAUCAAUCUUUGGCUACCUGCCCAGGAACCUGUGACUGCAACCGCAGCAACAGCGGGCGCCGACACAGAUGAUAACUUCUUCACUAAUCUGAACAUCACCCGCACUGAUUAA